CACUAAAGAAAGAAAGAAAGAGCUCGCUUGUGAUGUGUUUGUGUAUCUUCAGUGUUUUUCUCUCUUGAGUGUUUUAAACAGAGUCUUGUCUCUGUGUAUUUUAGUGUUGAUGAUGGAUGUGAUGUGCUGUAAAUCAGUAGGAACUGAUCUGUCCAUGCUGGAUAUUGAUGAUUUCAUCACAGAAAUCUCUCAGCUGAAGAAAGAGGUGGCGUUACUGGAGACAAAGCUGAGGUUAAGAGGAGAUGAAGGACUGAAGAGAGAGGACUCCGAGCUCAGUCUGACUUUACUCUGUUAUACUGAGUCAAAGCACACAGACGCUCAGGACACUACAGUGUGUGACAGUAAUCAGGACUUACAGGAUGAUGAAUCUACUGAUCAAACCUCCACAGAGUCUCUGGAUUCUGUCUGUAACGCUGGAGAACAGCAGCAGAUCCUGCAGAACAAACUCAACAUGUGUUCAGUCAAACUCAUCGACUGCAAGAACCUCAUGAUGAAGAUCAAAACUGAACCCACAUCUGAUGAAUAUGAAGACAAUCACAAUGAUGGUCAUGAUUUUUUUCUGUCAGAUGUGAAGAGUGAAUUAUGUUUGGAUGGAGAAAUAACGUCCUCGACUCUUUCCUGCAUCAGCGCUGGAGAGACAUUGAGCUCACAGAGACAUUUAGAGAGAAAACACAAAGAACAUGAACAUCAUCUGAAGAAACACACUAAUGAGAGACCGUAUCAGUGCAAGUCACACAAAACACUACACACUGAAGAGAAACCCUUUCAAUGUUCACACUGUGAUAAACGUUUCAGUCAUAAAUCUCAUCUGAGAGUCCACGAGAGAAUUCACACUGAAGAGAAACCUCAUCACUGUGAUGUUUGUGGAAAGAGUUUUAGUCAACGUGUCAGUUUAGUGAGACACCAGAGAACUCAUACAGGUGAAAAACCUUACAAAUGCUCUCAGUGUGGAAAGAGCUUCUCUGAUCCAUCUAGUUUUAGAGUUCAUCAAAGAGUUCACACUGGACAGAAACCUCAUCACUGUAAUGUUUGUGGGAAGAGUUUCAGUCGACAUGACAGUUUAGUGUCACACCAGAGAACUCAUACAGGUGAAAGACCUUACAAAUGCUCUCAGUGUGAGAAGACUUUUACUCAGUCAACUUCCUUAAAAGACCAUCAGAGAGUUCACACUGGAGAGAAACCUUAUGUCUGCUCAAUCUGUGGAAAGAGCUUCUCACAUUUAUCUUGUUUCAGAGUUCAUGAGAGAAUUCACACUGGAGAGAAUCUUUACCAAUGUAAUGUCUGUGGGAAGAAUUUUAAUAAACACGAACAUUUAGUGAGACACCAGAGAACUCAUACAGGUGAAAAACCUUACAAAUGCUCUCAUUGUGAGAAGACGUUUACUCAGGCAGUUCACUUAAAAGUCCAUGAGAGAGUUCAUACUGGAGAGAAGCCGUACAUCUGCUCAAUCUGUGGAAAGAGCUUCUCACAUUUAUUUCGUUUCAGAGUUCAUCAGAGAGUUCACACUGGAGAGAAACCUCAUCACUGUAGUGUUUGUGGGAAGAGUUUCAGUCGACAUGACAGUUUAGUGUCACAUCAGAGAACUCAUACAGGUGAAAAACCUUACAAAUGCUCUCAGUGUGAGAAGACGUUUGCUUAUUCAAGUUGCUUAAGAAUCCAUCAGAGAGUUCACACUAGAGAGAAACCUCAUCACUGAAGUGUUUGCUAGCUUUCUAAAGCACGAGAGAACUCAUACAGGUGAAAGACUUUACAAAUGCUCUCAGUGUGAGAAGACGUUUACUCAGUCAAGUAAUUAAAAGUCCAUCAGAGAGUUCAAACAGGAGAGUUAUUCUUAUUCUGGAAGUCUUCAGCAUCAUCAGAAGAAACACUCUAAAGAACAAACUACACUGAAAUCAUUGUAGUGUUUGUCUUGACACACUGGUUGUGUAUAUUCGAUGAGAAUAUUUGAUUCGAUAAUGUACUAGAACAAAAACUAUUUAUUUCUAUGAAUGACUUUACAUUGACUUCGGUUAUUUGUGGUGCCAAAAGCAAAUAUUUAGUUCUCAUUGCCAGGUAACAUUUAUAAACUCUCUAAAGUUUUACUAUUAAUGGUUUUUGUUUCAUUGAUCAGUGUGUUAUAUUGCUUGAUUGCGUGUUGAAUUAAUACGUCAAUUACGAUCUCCUUUUGUUUUAUUCUGUGUUUUGUAUGAUUGAUCAAUGCAUUAUAUUGUUUGAAUUAUUUGGUAUUGUUGACAUUUCUUAUGAUUGAUUAGUGUGUUAUAUCAGUUGAAAUGAUUUUUUAAUUAUCAUGUUGUUUACCUGGCUAAAAAAUUGUUACGUUUGGAUUUAUUCUGCAUUACUCUGAAUUAUUCACUACAAGUAAAUUUGAGCUGUGGACAGGUA